GAAGCACAUGAGAUAACCGUAGCAUCCCGUUAAUCCAGUGAGUUGAACCGCAAAAAUAAACUGAUAUGCUAGCUGCUGUCUAUCUUUCACAAUCAUGGAGUCAGUUUCGACUAAUGCAGAGGUUCGACUAGCAGUGGCCCAAUCAUUCCGGACUCUCACUUCAUCCACGGACUGUAAAGACAUUACUGCUGCUCUUCAGACCCUCAUCUCCUAUUUGGAUGACGGAGCAGAGAGUAAAACCUCAGCAGCUCAGCGGGAAGAGUUCAGCAGAGCUCACUACAGCCGGACUCUUCAGUUUUUGGUGAGCAACAUCCAGGCAGACUGGCUGUGGAGCCUCUCAGCCACACACCGCGCAGAGCUGUGGGAUCAGUUGUUUCUUAAAGGUCCUCCAGAUCAGGCGCUGUUGGUGCUGAUGGAUGCAAUUACAGAGCUGAGACCUUCGACAUGUCUGGACCACCUGGUCAGCAUCGCAGAGAAGUUCCUUCAGAGUGGCCGUCUUGCUGACCUGCUGUGGUCCUACUGUCUGCAGUCGGUUCCCUCAGACUCCCCCCAGUUUAGAGAGACUCUCCUGAGUCGGAUAAGUGCGCUGCCAGAUAUCACCGCUAACAAGUUACAUCCCAACAUCAGACCACCUUUUCUUCCUCAGCAGUACUACUCACUGCUGGCCACUGAGAUGCUGAAUGCACUGCAGAGAACCUGCCAGGCUCUCAAAGGUGGAACAGACUGUUCUUUAGGUUUUGUAGCUCAAACACUUGGAAAAGUGUGCAUCCAAGGACACAGUGGUUUGGUUCUGGCAGUGAUGGCUCCUCGACUGUGCGCGUGCACGCGCUCAGACAUGUUGUGGCGGAGGGUGUGCUGGAAGCUGCUGGAGAACAUUCCUCAGCGGUGGAUGGAGAGCGUUCUCGUAGGGCUGGUGCAGGCUGUGAGCGGACCUGAUGCUUUGGGCCGAAUCAUUGGAAAUCUAGUGCUAACAAAUAAAAAAGCUCAGUUUGUCAUAACUCAUAAACUGCUGUUACUACAGUAUAAAUACGAGACUCGGGUCUUGAGAACUGUAUUGGGUUACCUCGCUGCAGACGAGGAUCGAAGACCACUUCUCAUUCAGGUUAUACGGUCCGUGUCACAGGCCUGGGCGAACCCCAGUGCAGUAAAACACACUCCUCUAGAGCAGCAGCUUUAUGUGAGUAAAGCCUUACUGCUGAGUGUGAGUCUGCUGAAGGACUCGGAGCUGCAAGAGCUGCGUUCAGAGCUCCUUCAGUGCAUGCUGGGUGGCAUGCAGAGCCACCUGGACAGCUGUGUGCUGCGGGUCAGGAACAUGGGCAUGGUGGUUGGGGAGUGUCUGAGCGCCCGGAUGGAUUUCAGUGGAGCCGAGCUGAAAUUUGAGUAUGAGCAGGAUGAAGAAACUCGAGAGCUGCUUUCUCUCAUAACUCCUGACACGUGUGAUGAGCCAGAGCCAGAGCUUGUAAACAGAGGCGACUCUGCUGAGAACACUAGUGAAACAUCUGCAUCCACUCAGAACGUGACCUCACAAAGUACACCAGGAAGAACAGAUCCAGGCUCAGAUCUGGACAGUGACGACGACCUCACGCCGUAUGAUAUGUCUGAGGAUCAGGAGAUGAGGCGGGCAUCACCGCCUCGGUACCUUCGAGACUGCCUGGAAACGUUAAUAUCCUCGGAGGACGCAGAGCGUGUGGAGCUCAGUUUGAGAGCUGCUGAGAGUUUGGUGAGGACGAACGUCUUCGCAGCCAGGGAGAUCAGUGUGCAGAUGACCAAAGUGCUUCUUCACAUGGAGGAUAAAUACAGCAUCCGUGGCUUCCUGAGUGUCAGACAGGCGACCAUGGUGGCUCUCACCGUCACCGACUGUAUUCCGGUUACUCAGUAUCUGACUACAGAGUUUUACUCCUUGAACUACAGCCUCCGCCAGCGACUCGACAUUUUGGAGGUUCUCGCUCUGGCAGCUCAAGAGCUCUCUGCACCGAUCUCCGACAAGAAUGUCUCCUCCUCUGGAGCUCCGACCUCCUCCGCAGUAACUCCGUACCUGAGUGAGGAUCCAGUUCACUGGAGACAAGUUGUAGAGAAGCGGAUUCAAAGUAAAACGAAACGCAUCUCAAAGGGAGCCACGCUACCUGCAGCUCCGCCCACUCCAAACCGUUACGCUCCCGUCGCAGGAUACUUCUUUUUCCCUCUGCUCAGGAAUUACGACAAGCCUCAGGUGACCUUUGACCUGCUGGGCAGUGACCACCUGGUACUGGGCAGGUUGAUCCACACUCUGGGCCUGUUGAUGCACCUGGCUGUCAAUGCUCCGAUUGCUGCACAGAUGGGUUGCGCUUUGCUGGACUUUGUGUGGACAGUUCGCUACCAUGUUGACCAGAUGGUGAGACGAGGAGUCCUCUUUGCCGUCUGCUCCAUCUUUUUGAGCAUGCCCAGUCAAAGCUUGCUGGUGGACUUCAGCGAUCAGCUGCUUGAGACCAGAACUUGGCUUGCAGAUGUGGCUGAAGGAGACCCCGAUGCAGACUGCAGGAGUUUAGCUGUGCAGAGUCUGGUGCUGCUGGAUAAAAGUCUGAAGAAGCAGCUACAAGAUUAACCGGCGCUGAGCCUGGAGUCAUGAUCACAACACCAGCAGUGGUCGAAUAAAAUUAUGCAAAAGAAAAACACUUUUUAAUUAGAUAAGUCUGAUAAAGGCUGGAGUACAAUUGAU